AUGGUUCAGCUCUCCAUCAAGUUCGCUUCUGCCCUCGUCCUCGCAGCCUUCUCUGCCCAAGCCGCUCCCCUGGUUGCGCGUCAAUGUGCCGGUGGUCAAUGCGCGCAGAGCGCCAGCUCUGGUAACGUAGAUCUUGCCUCGACCACCAACAUUACCCCUGUGACCAAUGUCACCCCUGUCACCCGCCUGCAGCCGUACGUUCACGCCUACGCCCCCAUCGUUGAGUCUGACUGCUACCCUGGAUCCUUCGGAGGCCUCGGAGGCCUUGCAGGUCAGGGUCUCCUCGGUACCCCUGCCUUCGGUACUGCUGGUCUCGGUGCCUCCGGUCUUCUCGGUACCCCUGCCUUCGGUGCUGCUGGCCUUGGCGCCUCCGGUCUUCUCGGUGCUCCCGGUCCCGGCGUGAGUCUCUUGCGCAACCGUUUCAUGAAGCGUCAAGCUCCUCAGGCCCAGUCCCAGGCUCCGGAUCAGGGCAACCUCCUCUUCAGUCAGUUCCAGUCCGGUGCUACCUGCUCAGCUCAGAAUGGUCAGAGCUGCGAUACCUCUGUGCCCGCUUCGACCGUCGAUCUGGGAUCUCAAGUCGCCAUCCAGCCCACGACCCAAGUCCUUCCCUCGACUACCUACCAGAACCAGGUCCAAUCGCUCGAUACCAACAUCCAGGCUACCCCUGCCCAAUCCAACUCGCUGCCCCAGCAGAACGUGAACCUCGGCUCGAAUGUCUCCAUUCAGCCCACGACUCAGGUCUUGCCCCAGACUACCUACCAACCCACGGUCAACCAGCUCACAACCUCGGUCCAGGCUACUCCCCAGCAGGACCAGUCCCUGCCUCAAUCGAGCGUCCAGCUUGGAUCGCAUGUCAGCAUUACGCCCAUGGUCCAGGUUCGCCCGAUCACGACCUUCCAGCCCUCGAUCCAGUCCUUGCCCUUCAUCAUCAACGCGGCCCCAUGCUCCACCGUUGACCUUGCUCAGCCCGGAGGUGCAGCGCAGAUGACCGGCAUCUCCAACAUGCAGCAGCAGCAGCAGGUUGGCGGUGACUUUGCCCAGGGUCAGCAGAACGCUCAGGGCAAUAUUGGCGCCCCCAUUGCCCAGAGCCAGGUCCAAGCUGGCGCUGGGUGCGCGUAG